AUGGAACGGCCAUCAAAUCUUUUACCGGGACCAGAAAAUUUUUUUGGUCCCGAUGCCCAUCUCUAUAAAACUAUGAGUAUUAAAAAUUUAUUAUUAUUAAUAAAUUCUACAAAUUAUCCUCCAUCAACUUCAUCAAUUUCCUAUCGUAUUCUUUCAAGUUUAUUUAAUAAAACAACGUCAGUUAUUCAUGGUGAUAUAUCGUACUAUGCGGAUAGUUUUCCAUUACCCUAUGAUGAUAUUAUUGAUGAUGAUAAAUCAAUUUAUAUUGAUGAUCAACAACAAUCAUUAAUAUCAUCAAAUUUUACAAAUAUUUAUUAUCCAAAUGAUGAUAUUUUAAUAAUAAAUAAUACAAAUUUAUCUUCAUUAUAUGAUAAUUAUAUCGAUUCAUCAUUAACAUCAUCAAUUUCAUUUGGACCAUUUAUUUAUAUAUUUAUUAUAUUAUCUAUUUAUAUAUUAUUAACUAUUUUAUUAUUAGCAUUUUCAAUUUAUAAACAAAGACAAAAUGAUGAAUACUAUUUUGAUACAAUAGAAAAAGAGAAUAAUUGUCUACAUUUAAAAUGUUCAUUAAUUAAAAAUAUUUCUAAAGGUGAUAUGGAACCAUUGUUAAAUGAUUAUUCAAUAAUAACUCAUGAUAAUAAUGAUACAACAAUUGAUUUAACAUCACGUUUUCCAUUAAGAAUUGUUUAA